CAUGAAGUAUUAGUUAAAAGAUAUUGUUGAUUUUUGAGAUUUUUUGGGUCCACGUCGUCUUGGUCCGAUUGAGUUUGACGCGUACAUUCGCGAUCGUUAUUCUGCACGAUGGGUACGAGUGUCAGUUUUUAGGUUAGUUAAGAAUCGCACUGUCGUUUAUUGCGUGCAAUUCCGCAUGUUUCGCUAUGUUCCUUGCUGUAAAUAAUUGUCGACAAUGGGUUGGGUGAAUUGAAGCUCCGUGAUCAUAUUAAAUUUUUGCACUAUCAAAAAUGUCAUUAAUUUCGACGACUGUCUCAAUAUAUCUUCGUUGAAGUUGAAAGAAUCGAGAAAACCUGUGAAUGACGCCGAGGAAGAUACAUUGACGAAAAUUCGCAAGAAUUAUAGAGACAAUGGCGACCGACGUUGAGGAGUCUGAUACGGACGAACAUGAGAGACCUAUUCCGCCUAAGCGGCAGUGCACGCAUUUGUCCAAGGAGCAACACAUGAAUGUAAACAUGGAGAUGAUGGAAGAUAAUUUAGAGAAUAAUGACUAUGACGAGGUAGAAAGACAUGCAAGAGAAAAGCUCAAGAGAUGGCAGGCUUUUCAAGCUGCCAAAGGAACUAUGGACAAUACUGUCAACAAAGUUUUAGAGGAUUGCAAUAUGAUAACAGCACUUGAUUGUCUGGAAGAAGAUCUUACUGAGGGAUUGUUUCGUUUCUUCCGAGAAAAUGACAUGGAAGACACAGCAGUGAUGAUGGCAAUUCGUAAUUAUGGCUUAGUCCAGUCAGUUGAUUCUGUUUCUCAGUCACAUGAUGAUAAGAUCCCGGACUAUCGGACCGAUAGUGAUUACAUAGGUGUACAUUGUUCCUUUCCAUCCAAUCAUAUACAGGAUAUCAGGGACUUGCCAACUACUUUACCCACAAUGUCCUCAAAUCCUCCGAGAUUAAGCAAUUCUGUAGAAAUGGGAAGAUGCAAUGUGUCUAACUCAGACGAAGACAAAAUAUAUGACAGUGAUCAGCCAGAAGACUUCCUAGAGCGCGCCGUGGCAGAAGCUAUCAAGAAGAAAGGCCUGAGUGCUUUGAGUGUGGAUUACUGAUGAAUAAGCUAAUUAACAGCCUCAUUCCUUUUGUGUAUUUGCAUAGUAGUAUAAUACAUCUAAUUGUUGUGCGCUCUGUAAACCUAUUGCGAUUCGUAAUAUUUUAUUUUAUUGUUGAUUUUUGUCAUUCAACGGUUGCAUUUUACCACAUGUAAUCUUAGGAUAUUUUUUACUCAUAUGUUUACAUUCCAAUGUAGCAAUUUGCUUAUGAAAGAUACAAUUUGUGAUCUGUUAUAUUUAGUCAUGUAAAAGAUAAUGCGGAACGUUGUAAUCGCAGUUUUCCGAUGAUUAACUUUUUUUCAAUAGCCAGCUACCGCUAAUAGUAUUAAUACCAUAUUAAUUAUAUUUCUAUAUAUAUAUGCAUAAAAAGAUAUAUUUAUGUUAAGUCAAAUUAGCUUUGUAAACAAUACAUACUUCAGAAGCAUGUCUAGUUAUUUUAAUUAUAGCAUAAAAUUUAUUUUAAU